AUGGUUUUUGGUCGUGGUGUAAAGGGUAUGUGGCUACAUGAAUAUACCGAUUUUAUUAAAGAUAAUGAAUUUAAUGAAAGAACUGAAUUAUUAACAAAUCUUCAGUAUAUAAAUGGAAAAGUUGUUAGAUUUUGUGAUGUUCCAAAAGAUAAUGAUGAAAUUGGAAAAGAAAAAAACAAAUAA